UGCUUGCACUUGUGACGUUGCUGGGUGCUGAGCGCACGUCGAUUUUAUUGUUCUCACACCGAAGGUGCGUGGUCUGCCUUACAGACCAACGAGAACGCCACCACCCAAAAAGGACGCGGGUCCCGAAUGCACCACUUCUUUUCUUUUCUUCUCCGCUCGAGCCAGCAAGGCACUUAGUCCGCUGUGUUUGGCCAACAUUCAGGCUUCUGGAAUUGGCAAAGCCGAAGGACAGAGAACGCCUGGACCACCUAUAGCCAGGUUUUCACUUUACCAUCUUCGAUGACACCAGCCAUCAGCGACGAGAUGUCGUUCACAGUGAACCCUUUCGUACUAGCGGACAGAAUCGUGCAGAUGGGUGACCCCAGGACCAGAGACUAUCCCCUCGUGGUGAACCCACUCUUCGUGUUCCCGCUCGUGUUCUUCUAUUUGUACUUCGUCAAGAUAGCCGGUCCACGCUGGAUGAAAGACAAAAAGCCCUUUGACAUCAUCAAUGUAGUGCGCGCGUACAACCUGUUCAUGGUUGUAGUGAGCGCCUUGUUCCUUUACUUGCACCUCAGACUCACAUACUUGCCCGGUGGCCGCUACAACCUGUGGUGCCAAGGUAUCACUGGCUACACGGACGACGAGCUCACCCGCUACUACAAGUAUGGAUGGUUCUUCGUGGCCGCACGAUACGCCGAUCUCCUGGACACUGUGUUCUGUGUGCUGCGCAAGAAGUUUAACCAGAUAACUCACCUGCAUGUCAUUCAUCACACUCUGGUGACGGUCAACGUCUGGUUCUACACUUUGUUUGCGCCCGAAGGACAGCCGGCGCUAGGAUUGGCCAUAAACGUGUUUGUGCACAUCGUCAUGUACUUCUACUACUUCCUCGCCACACUGGGCCCACAGGUUCGCAAGCACCUCUGGUGGAAGAAGUACCUGACCACAAUGCAAAUAGUGCAGUUCGUGAUAGUCAUGGCACACAUCUCCAUACCAUUGUUCGUGGAUUGCGGAUUCCCUAGGUCCAUCAUAAUCAUUGGCAACCUGCAAACUUUCCUAUUGUUAUGCAUGUUCGUGAACUUCUACAUUAAGGCGUACAUAAAUAAGGCUGGUUCCCCAAAACCUGCUGCACAGUCAGAGUUGAGAGUCAGUGAAAACGGAUGCAAAACUUCCCAAAACGACAAGAAAGAUUGACCUAUGUUUUUGUGCCAAAGCUACUUUGUAAAUUAAGGAUCUCUAAUAAAAAAAAAACAUGAAAUCA